AUGUUUCCUCGGAUCGAGCUACCCAGGGACCGAGUCUCCAAAAAGCCCUCACCAUACCCGACCCUCGCAUUCCACCUCCUACGACUGGGCCAGUUGCUCUCCUCCAUCAUCGUCUCCAGCGUUCUGCUCUUCUUCAUCCAUCAUCUCCACAAGGAAGAAUACUACAUUCCCUGGACCUUCAUCCUCCUUCUUACUGUCUCCCUCUUGACUAUAAUCGCCCUCAUGGCAACUACCAUCUUACAUUUCACCCUCACCCUAAAUCCGAAAUACAACCUCCUCUCCAAUCUCUCUCUUCUCAUCCUCUGGGUCCUCGGGCUCUCCCUCCUCUCCUGGAACCUUGGCUGGACCCUCGGCCACCGCUGCACCUCAGUCACCUGGCACAACGACUCCGGCAUCAUGGUCUGCCGUCUCUACAAAGCCCUCACCGCCUUCACCGUUACGGGCCUUGUGUCCACGCUUUUGGCAUUGGCGCUCGAUCUCCGUGUUCAGAAAAAGUCAACGCAGUUGGGAAGUUACAAUCAGAUGCUUGACAUCAAGGGGCCGACGGAUCUGAGGUCGAGUAGUCCGUUUCACGGAGGCGCGGAGGGAUUUGAGCCGGCGCAUAGGAGGGAGAGCAGUCCUUAUCACACCGGUGCUUUGGAGGCGACUUAUGAUGAUCAGAGAAGGCACCCGAGUCCGUGCGAGUCAGAGGGGAUUGAGACGGCGUACUCACAUCGGAGGGACCCGAGUCAUGACGCGGCUCGGCCGUACAAGGUACAGAAGCCUAUCGAGGCCGAGCAAUUUGGGUAUAGUGCUCCAAGUGAGCAGACAAGCUAUGGGGGAGGGGGAGGGACGGGGUGGUUGUAG